AUGGAUGAAUCUCUUGUGCAGGAGUGGAUCACCCAGGUCCUUGUGCCGUUUCUGAAGCCCAUUUGCGAGGGAAAUGGACGCCGCAGGGAGUCCUUAGUGGUGUUGGGCUCCUACCGCGGCCACUUGACCGAAGCCGUCGGUCAGACCAUGCGCAUGUUCCGGCUGACGCGGGCGGACAAGGGUGAGGUGGAAUUGCUGGAGGAUGUGAACGAGCUGGUUGACGACGAGGUUGUCGUCAACCCCUACUACGCGGAAGCCCGCGUGACGGCCGAGGUGCUGCAGGCGGACGACGACGCCAUGGAGGUGGAGGAGGAGGGGUACGGGGCUGGAGAAGGCGGGGAUGCAGAAGAGUGGAGCGAAGCCGGCUUUGACUGGUGGCUCCCCGACGGAGAGGAGGUUGAGGAGUGGCAUGCUGGGGACGAUGAUGAGUAG